AUGCGCCUGGACGUGAAGAGACAACUCUUUGCCCGCUCUGAGCGAGUGAAGGGCAUCGACUUCCAUCCUACCGAGCCAUGGAUCCUCACAACCCUUUACAGCGGUCAUGUAUACAUCUGGUCAUACGAGACACAAGCCAUCGUCAAGACAUUCGAACUCACCGACGUACCCGUACGAGCUGGUCGCUUCAUUGCGCGCAAGAACUGGAUUGUCUGUGGUUCCGACGACUUUCAAUUACGCGUCUACAACUACAACACUUCCGAGAAGAUCACCUCGUUCGAGGCACACCCCGAUUACAUCCGCGCCAUAGUCGUCCACCCCACACAGCCCUUCGUGCUGACCGCCUCAGAUGACAUGACAAUCAAGCUUUGGGACUGGGAGAGAGGAUGGAAGUGCGUGCAGAUCUUCGAGGGCCACAGCCACUAUGUUAUGGGUCUGGCCAUCAACCCCAAGGACACAAACACCUUCGCUUCGGCCUGUUUGGACCGCACCGUCAAGAUUUGGAGUCUGGGCUCAAGCACUGCAAACUACACCCUCGAUGCACACGACACUAAGGGUGUAAACCACGUCGACUACUACCCUCAAUCCGACAAGCCUUAUCUGCUUACCACCUCGGACGAUCGCACUGUCAAGAUUUGGGACUACACCACCAAGGCUCUGAUUGCAACCCUCGAGGGUCACACCAGCAACGUCUCUUUCGCCUGCUACCACCCUGAGUUACCCGUCAUCAUCUCUGGUUCUGAAGAUGGUACUGUCAAGAUCUGGCACGCAAACACAUACCGUCUCGAACAAUCUCUCAAUUAUGGUCUAGAACGUGCAUGGUGUGUCAGCUACCAGCGUGGCCGUCAAGGCAUUGCUAUGGGUUUCGACGACGGUGCUGUUGUUGUAAAGAUGGGUCGUGAGGAGCCAGCUGUUUCCAUGGACAACUCUGGAAAGAUCAUCUGGGCCCGUCACAACGAUAUUCUGACUGCUGUCAUCAAGGGUGGAGACAAAUCUUUGACAGACGGUUCGCCUCUUAUUCUGCCUUCCAAGGAUCUUGGCUCUACCGAAAUCUACCCUCAGACUCUCAUUCACUCUCCCAAUGGUCGUUUCGUCGCCGUUUGCGGUGAUGGCGAAUACAUCAUCUACACUGCUCUCGCUUUGAGAAACCAGGCCUUCGGCUCUGCUCUCGACUUCGCUUGGGGUUCAAAGGAGAACGACAAGGAUUAUGCUAUCCGCGAAUCUUCAAUGUCUGUCAAGACUUUCCGCAACUUUAAGGAGAAGGCAGUCCUCGACAUUGGCUUCCAGGCAGAGGGUCUCAGCGGUGGUGUCUUGCUCGGUGUCAAGGGCCAGGGUGGUAUUGGCUUCUUCGAUUGGGAGUCAGGCCAGCUUGUCCGCAGAAUUGAAGUUGACCCAAAGAACGUUUACUGGUCAGAAAGCGGCGAGCUUGUUACUCUUGCUUGCGAAGACACAUUCUACGUCCUCCGCUUCUCGCGUGAGGACUACCAGGCUGCUCUUCAGGCAGGAGAGGCUGACGAAGAUGGCGUCGAGGCCGCUUUCGAGGUAGUCACUGAUGUCAACGAGAGCGUCCGCACUGGUCAAUGGGUUGGUGACUGCUUCGUCUACACCAACAGCACAAACCGCUUGAACUACCUUGUUGGUGAUCAAACCUACACCAUUUCUCACUUCGAUUCUCCUCACUACGUUCUCGGCUACAUUCCCCGCGAUGGUCGUGUUUACGUUGCCGACAAGGAUGUUCAGAUUGUCUCGUUCGCUCUCUCGCUAUCAGUCAUCGAGUAUCAAACGCUUGUCUUGCGUGGUGAUCUUGAUGCCGCCAACGAAAUGCUCACCGAUAUCCCUGAGGACCAGAAGUCGAAGAUUGCUCGCUUCCUCGAGGGCCAAGGUUACAAGGAGCAAGCUUUGGAGGUUGCCACUGAUUCUGAGCACCGUUUCGAACUUGCACUCAGCCUGAACCAACUGGAAAUUGCUCUUGAGCUUGCUCGUGAAGCCGAUGUCGAGCACAAGUGGAAGACUGUUGGUGAUGCCGCACUCACAGCCUGGAACAUGCGUCUUGCAGAGGAAUGCUUCACUCAUGCCAAGGAUAUGGGCAGUCUGUUGCUACUCUACACUUCAAGCUGCAACGAGGCUGGCCUACGGAAAUUGGCUCAACAGGCCGAUGACGCUGGCGCUCGCAACGUGGCCUUCAGCUGCUUGUGGCAAGUUGGCGACCUGAACGCAUGUAUCGACCUCUUGAUUCGCACAGACCGUACCGCCGAAGCCGUGCUCUUCGCUCAGACUUACCUCCCCAGCCGGGCGCCCGAGAUUGCCAAGCUAUGGAAGCAAGGACUCGAGUCAAGUGGCAAGGCCAAGGUUGCCAGACUGUUGGGCAUCCCGCCCGCUGAUGGCGAGGGCGAUGCAGACCUCUUCCCUGAGUGGGACUCAUAUCUUCAGCUCGAGAAGGACGGAGGCAGUAAAAGCCAAGACUUGAUCGAUGUUGGUGAUGAAGAGGCCGAGGCAGAGGCAGAGGAGCAAGCAGAGGACGGUGUUGAGACCGAGGAGGCAGAGGCAGAGGCAGCACCCGUUGCAGCAGAUGAGGCUGAUGAGCCAGCAUCACCGCAGACGGAUACAGAGGUUUAG